AUGUAUCUUGAUCUCAUGUGCUUUUGGCAGUAUAAAUUAUUUUUGAAUUCAAUUCAAAUUCAAAAUACCACUACUAUUACAACUGCUUCGACCAAAACUGUUACUAAUACUGCACAUACUACCACUAUCAAGAAUAGUUCAGGAUUAAAAUUAGCCCAUGCAGCAAUCGACUUGAAGGAAUCUUACAUAGGAUGCUAUCGAAACAUCAGCUCAACGAAAACAGUUGCAUCAGUUGGCUCAGUGGAUGAAUGUUCACUGGAGUGCACAGAUGAAAGUAACAAUAUGAUCGCUUUGAAGAGUGGAAAAGAAUGCAACUGUAUUGGAAGGUUAGAUUCAGCAGUGGCUUCAUCCCAGUGUAAUAAGAUCGACACGUCGAACAGAUGCGGUUGCUUUCAAGAACAUGGUACAGGAAACAGCUCCUUCACAAGAUUAAUUUGUGAUACCUGCUCAAGUGACAGAUCCGAAGUUUGCAAAUGUUAUCAUCAAGGUUAUGAGACAAAAACAGCGAUAUUCACAACACGCUUCCAAUACGACUUCCAGCGAGGAGUAUCGACUUAUUCUCACUGCAGAAACAGAAAAAAUGAAAGUUACGAAAUAACUGCAAACUGUCCCGAUGGAUGCGAUCCGGGAUGGAGAGGUGAUUCAUGCAGAGAAAGAGAUUGCUCAUCAGGUGGAGGAGAUUGUCCCGUUGAAAUGGAAUGUAUUGAGUCCACGGUGAAUGGUAAUAAGUACGUUGAAUGCGUCUGUCCCCCUGGUAAGGUCAGAAACAAAUGGUACCAAUGUGAGGUUUUCAGGAAGAACUUAGCAUUGCAUAAACCUCCUUAUUACAGUUCACACCUUUUUGAACACGACAACUCCGAAAUAUGUUCACAUUACAAAAUACAUUUAACAGACGGCAACUAUGACGGCUACCGCAUAUCCCACCUUGAUGAUGCCAUGCCAGCCUGGAUGGCGGUCGACCUGCUCAGUUUAUAUUGCGUAGGAUUCAUCAGAGCAUACAACAGAAUAAGUCAAUUGCCUGAAAUGUUAUUAAGAAUGGACAAGUUUGUUGUAAGGUUGAACGAAACGUUCGAUGUGAGUAAUAGAGAAGACAUCAGAGACAAAGUCAACUUGUGCGGGUACGGACCAGAAAAAGCAAUACAGGGCGGAAACCCUAUGAUUGUCGUUUGUGAGAACUUCACUAUCCUCACAAGAUUCGUAUUCAUUCAACCAUCUGAUGAAAAAAUGAACGAUCAAAGCUCACGUUCGAAUCGAUCCAGCACUGCACUUGCUGAGUUGGAAGUAUUCGAGGCUGGAUGCGAUCUUUUCAACGGGAGGUGUGGAAUGAAACCGUGCUCAGAAGAGAAAAAAGAAAUUUCAACUGUCAUCCACUGCCAUGAAUUGCCAACCACUGAGAAAAAAAAAGUUAAACCUUUGGGUGACUCUUCACCCACGGGUCAAGCCAUAUCAGACUGGUACGCGACUUCGAAUCCAAUGGCAGCUCUUCACACAACUUUACACCAAAAUUUAAAACAGAGUUGCUGCUAUUAUUUCAUCAUUUGGGCCAACACAUUUUAUGUGGAAGCUUUUUUCGCACUGAAAACGUUGAAAACAUCGAGAACUAUCUUAAGUUUGUUUUUAAUUAUUUCCACCAACCUGUCCUCAAUAGCCCAUGCAGCAAUCGACUUGAAGGAAUCUUACAUAGGAUGCUAUCGAAACAUCAGCUCAACGAAGACAGUUGCAUCAGUUGGCUCAGUGAAUGAAUGUUCACUGGAGUGCACAGAUGAAAGUAACAAUAUGAUCGCUUUGAAGAGUGGAAAAGAAUGCAACUGUAUUGGAAGGUUAGAUUCGGCAGUGGCUUCAUCCCAGUGUGAUGUUCGUUGCGCCAAUAGAGAUGCUUGUGGUGGAAGGGACUCAUAUUCCGUUUAUAAAAGCAAGCCACGAAAGACGCACGAUGACUAUGCCAGUUUUGAAAGACAUCAGCGAGAUGACAUUUUGAAGACAUUACCAAACACUUACACAUUUGAAAUGUGCGCACAUUUCUGUUUUGAGACAAAUUAUACGUUUUUCCAGAAGAUCGACACGUCGGACAGAUGCGGUUGCUUUCAAGAACAUGGUACAGGAAGUAGCUACUUCACAAGAUUAAUUUGUGAUACCUGCUCAAGUGACAGAUCCGAAGUUUGCAAAUGUUAUCAUCAAGGUUAUGAGACAAAAACAGCGAUAUUCGCAACACGCUUCCAAUACGACUUCCAACGAGGAGUAUCGACUUAUUCUCACUGCAGAAACAGAAACAACGGAAGUUACGAAAUAACUGCAAACUGUCCCGAUGGAUGCGAUCCGGGAUGGAGAGGUGAUUCAUGCAGAGAAAGAGAUUGCUCAUCAGGUGGAGGAGAUUGUCCCGUUGGAAUGGAAUGUAUUGAGUCCACGGUGAAUGGUAAUAAGUACGUUGAAUGCGUCUGUCCCCCUGGUAAGGUCAGAAACAAAUGGUACCAAUGUGAGGUUUUCAGGAAGAAUUUAGCAUUGCAUAAACCUCCUUAUUACAGUUCACACCUUUUCGAACACGACAACUCCGAAAUAUGUUCACAUUACAAAAUACAUUUAACAGACGGCAACUAUGACGGCUACCGCAUAUCCCACCUUGAUGAUGCCAUGCCAGCCUGGAUGGCGGUCGACCUGCUCAGUUUAUAUUGCGUAGGAUUCAUCAGAGCAUACAACAGAAUAAGUCAAUUGCCUGAAAUGUUAUUAAGAAUGGACAAGUUUGUUGUAAGGUUGAACGAAACAUUCGAUGUGAGUAAUAGAGAAGACAUCAGAGACAAAGUCAACUUGUGCGGGUACGGACCAGAAAAAGCAAUACAGGGCGGAAACCCCAUGAUUGUCGUUUGUGAGAACUUCACUAUCCUCACAAGAUUCGUAUUCAUUCAACCAUCUGAUGAAAAAAUGAACGAUCAAAGCUCACGUUCGAAUCGAUCCAGCACUGCACUUGCUGAGUUGGAAGUAUUCGAGGCUGGAUGCGAUCUUUUCAACGGGAGGUGUGGAAUGAAACCGUGCUCAGAAGAGAAAAAAAAAAUUUCAACUGUCAUCCACUGCCAUAAAUUGCCAACCACUGAGAAAAACAAAGAGAGAUCACUGAGUAGCUCUUCAGACACGAGUAGAACCAUAAUAUUUGUGUUAGUCUUGCUGCUGCUGCUUGCUCUUCUAACUUGCUGUUUACUUUUUAUGCUAAGACGAUUGAGAGAUGAUUCAAGCAAAAUCACAACCGGCUCAUCUGUAAGCACAUCUGCAGGCACAACUGUAUCAGAUUCCAGUUGA